AGGAAGUGAAUGUGGAGUCAUUCCUAAAACUCUUUCAAGGAGCAUGGCGGGGACUACCUCAGGGCUAACGGUGCUCUGACCCAACAGUGAGUGGCAUGGAAAUCAACGCUGCUGUCUUAAGAAGGUCAGUGAACAAUUUCCUGAUAACAGGCCCUAAGGCCUAUCUGACCUACACUACUAGUGUGGCCCUAGGUGCCCAGAGUGGCAUUGAGGAGUGUAAGUUCCAAUUUGCUUGGGAACGCUGGAACUGCCCGGAAAAUGCUCUCCAGCUGUCCACUCACAACAGGUUGAGAAGUGCCACCAGGGAGACUUCCUUCAUUCAUGCGAUCAGCUCUGCUGGAGUCAUGUACACCAUCACCAAGAACUGUAGCAUGGGUGACUUUGAAAACUGUGGCUGUGAUGAGUCAAAAAACGGAAAAACAGGAGGUCAUGGCUGGAUCUGGGGAGGCUGCAGCGACAAUGUGGAAUUUGGGGAAAGGAUCUCCAAACUCUUUGUGGACAGCCUGGAAAAGGGAAAGGAUGCCAGAGCCCUGAUGAAUCUUCACAACAAUAGGGCAGGCAGGCUGGCAGUGAGAGCCAUUAUGAAAAGGACCUGCAAAUGUCAUGGCAUCUCUGGAAGCUGCAGUAUCCAGACAUGCUGGCUGCAGCUGGCUGACUUCCGGGAGAUGGGAGACUACCUGAAAGCCAAGUACGAACGGGCCCUGAAAAUCGAGAUGGAUAAGCGGCAGUUAAGGGCUGGGAACAGUGCUGAGGGCCACUGGGCACCCACUGAGGGAUUCCUUCCUAGUGCAGAGGCUGAGCUGAUCUUUUUGGAGGAAUCACCAGAUUACUGUACCCGCAAUUCCAGCCUGGGCAUCUAUGGCACAGAAGGUCGGGAGUGUCUACAGAAUAGCCACAACACAUCCAGGUGGGAGCAACGCAGCUGUGGGCGCUUGUGCACCGAGUGUGGCCUGCAGGUGGAGGAGAGAAGAACUGAGGCUAUCAGCAGCUGUAACUGCAAAUUCCAGUGGUGUUGCACAGUCAGGUGUGACCAGUGUAGGCAUGUGGUAAACAAGUACUACUGCACAAGCUCCCCAGGCAGUGCUUGAUAGCACCCCACUCAAAUUCACUUGCUCAGUUGCAUGACAAUGGAAGCGGACACAGCUUCUUUCGCAGAGAGAGUGAAUUCGAAAACAACUGGAAUAUCACAGGGUUGGCCUGUAGUCGUCUUUGUAUCUGCUAUUCAUGGGGGGAAUGGAGGCCCACAGCAUAUUCUCCACAGAGUUGAAAUUGGAACCUGGGGAUUCUAACUUGGGCAGACCCCAUUUCAUCUUUCUUGUAAGUUAUUUCCUGGUCUUUGUGCCUGUACUUUUGCAGCUUGUUAAAGGGGAGUUUGGUUUGGGGGUCAUAUACAGAAGGACCCUCAAAGUACUCGUUGCUGUAAGUUUCAAAUCACAUCCAACCCAGCUGUGCUGCUGAGAAUCAGAGGGAAUCAAAGAGUUCUGACAAGACUCCUGAAGGAGCAACCUUCCCCUGUGCUGUCUGGCUCCAGGA